UCUAACAACUCUAUCGUGUGAAAACGUCAACAAACACACAAAUACGGCCACCAUCCGACCAAUCAAGCAACAAUAAAAGUGUACUAAAUAAUAACUCCGCCACCAUCACUAACAACUACAACAAUGUGUUUGUGACAAGUUCAAGUUCACCCUCGCCUUCUUACCUUUUAAUUACCUCAAGUAAUACAAACAGUACACACGCAGGACUCCUUCUAAUAUGUGCAGGGUGGUUGCUCGGCUGGGUUUACUGAUAUAUAUUUUGUUAUUCCAGUUUAUCGAUCUCUUUCUUCACACAUUGGAACCAUUGUAACUACUGUUUGUUACUACUUCAACUACUACUCCCAGUGCAGUUCUUUUUUUUUGCGUGUACUUAAUACUGUGAAAACCAGAAAGCAAAGCAUUUGCUGCUAAAUGUUUUACUUCUUACACCAGAAUCAGUCGACCGAAUUGAACAGCAGGCAACAUAAUGCUUAUCGUAUCUUCUGCUUCCAAAAUGCCUUACGCAACAGUCUUCAAUCCCAUCGGAAAUAAUGUGGGGCAACCACUAGAGGUGUUUCAACCAAUGGCAAGUGACUCUAAAGACUGUUCUUCCCCGCUGACUAAACUAACUGUGCCAAAUCCUGUCAAACCUGAAGACCUAGAGUUGCUUGCCAAAUUAGAGGAAGCUAACAGGAAACUUGAGGCAGAUGAAAAAUCCCUUAAGGCUCUACCUAACUAUACGGGAACUCCUCCAACCCAUUCAAGAAAGGGGUCUGGUUCCAGCUUAUUGUCAAAUUCCUCACUAAACAGCUACAGUAGUAACCAUGUUGUUGAAGAAGAAAUAGCUUCCGAAAAUCUCUGGCAAACAUGGGGUAGAAUUGUAAAUGAAUGGGAUAACUUAAAGAAGAAGCCAACCAAUUUGAAGGAACUAGUAAGGAAAGGCAUACCUCACCCAUUCCGAGGACUUGCCUGGCAGCUUCUGCUUAACGUUCAUGAUUCUCCUGCCAAAGAACGCUAUGUAGACUACCUGAAGAAGACUUCCCCGAGUGAGAAGCUGAUCAGGAGGGAUAUUGCACGCACAUUCCCAGACCAUGACUUCUUCAAAGAGAAGGAUGGCCUUGGUCAGGAGAGUCUCUUCAAUGUGAUGAAGGCCUAUUCCUUACAUGACAGGGAAGUGGGAUACUGCCAAGGUAGUGGUUUCAUUGUAGGAUUGUUACUCAUGCAGAUGCCUGAAGAGGAGGCAUUUGCAGUGUUGGUAACACUGAUGCAAGAAUACCGGUUACGAGAACUUUUUAAACCCAGUAUGGCAGAGCUGGGUUUGUGUAUGUACCAAUUAGAAUGCAUGAUUCAGGAACUACUACCAAAUCUUCACAUCCAUUUCCAAACGCAAGGAUUUCACACAUCUAUGUAUGCAUCCUCUUGGUUCCUGACAUUAUUUGCCACUAGCUUACCAUUAUCACUGGCUUGUCGAGUCAUGGAUCUGUUUAUCUCCGAGGGUAUGGAAAUUGUCUUUCGAAUUGGGAUGGCUAUUCUUCAAAUGAGUCAAGAAAUAUUGAUGUCAUUAGAUAUGGAGGGAAUGCUGAAGUUUUUCCAGAAAACUGUUCCUGCCAUAUAUGAACAAGACCAAGAGAAACUUAUUCAUACUGCUUUUCUUAUCAAAUACAAUGCCAAAAAAAUGAAAAAGUUGGAGAAAGAUUAUACAGCAUUGAAGAGUAAAGAAAAUGAAGAACAGAUUGAACUACGGAGGUUAAGAACUGAAAACAGAUUGCUACGGCAGCGGAUAGAAAACUUGGAAAAGGAAUCAGCAUCUCUGGCAGAUAAGUUGAUCCAAGACCAAGUAACUCGAGCUCAGGAAGCUGAAGAAACUUUUAUACUGAAAAACCAAUUGGCAUCAGGAAAGCAACUGUUACUUGAAACACAAAGGAAAUUACAAGAAGCAGAGAAAUUAAUUGCAGAGAUAAAGGAGCGUACUGAAUCAAUCAAUGUAGCCACUGUACUUGAUGAUAAGAUUGCUCAGCAUCUAGUGCAGCAGCUACAAGAAGAGCUGAUAUCAGUGCGGUUAAAAGAUAAUGAAACAGCUGCUGUGAUUAAAGAUAUGAAAGUUAAAAUCAAAGAACUUGAAGAUACAAAUCAAAUGUUACAGCGAGCUCCAAGUAAUGAUGUCCAGCAUUUACAAGAAGAACUUAUUGCUGUGAAGUUGCGAGAAGCUGAAGCAAAUUUGUCAUUGAAGGAACUCCGUAUGAAAGUCAAUGAGCUUGAUCAGUUCUGGGAGAAACAUUGUAUGAAUAACUUUUCACCAAAUGUUUCUGAAGUGAAAAAUUGCAAACAUGAAGUGCGGAUUCUCCAAGAAGAAUUGAUGACAGUAAGGAUAAGGGAAGCCCAGUCUCUCUCAGCUCUGAAAGAGAUGAAACAAAAAGUGAUGGAACUGGAAACACAGAAUCAAAUUUGUACCAACCAAAUCAAAAGGAUGGAUGGAGAGAACAAACUGUUGAAAGAGAAGAUUCAAGAAGAGGAAGAUAAAGAAAAGAUGUUACAAUCGAAUAUCAAAGAUCUGAAGAGAGAAGGUGAUAAUCUUGCAUCAGAACGAAAAGAAGAUCUCAUGAUGUUUAGAAUUAAAGAAGCUGAGGCUGCACAGUUGGUGGGAGAACUGAAGCAAAAAGUUGCUCAUUUAGAAGUACAGAAAGCUGAACUGAUAACAUCCAGACAACUGAUGGUAAAAGGUGGAACGCAAGAUUUAGAGAACAAAAUCUAUGAUCUUCAGGAUGAGGUAUUGCAACUAAAAAUGGACCAUGGAAAAGGUUUAGAAUCUGCUACUAUGGUUGGUAGUUUCAUGAGUGUUGGUGGAGAUGAUGAAGAAAUGAGAGAGUUGAUGGAUUCUGAAACACUCAACAGGACAUUAACUGAAAUUAUUGAAGGCAAAUCUGAUACUUCAGCUCAUUUGAAUGGCUUUCUUGACCUGAGCCCCAACAAUACAGACUCUGAAUCACAAAACAAUGAAACUACCGGUGAAGACGACAGCUUGGCUGUCCUGGAGAAAACUGUACAAUCUUUUGAAAGGUCAUUAGAAGAUAAAGCGGCUGUUUGAUGAAGCUUGAAACAAAAGCAGAACAAAACAUGUCAGUUGUCUCGAGAAAAUAAUGGCUACUAUACGGGUUCCAAAUCUGAAAGAGAGCUGUGAAUAGCUCUUAGUGCCUAGACCUGUAGAUUUACACAAAAUGCAACAACCACCACUAUUACUACUACUACCUGCAGAAGAAAAGAGAGUAUGAAAUUAUUAAAAAAAAAACAAAAAAACAAUGGAAGUUCUGAUGUAAAUCAAGACAUUUUCUUUUCCUAUACAAGAUAUUUAUUAUGUGAAGCAACAUGAAAACAAAAAAAAAAGAAACAAAACUUUUCACUCUUCAUAUCAGCUUUAUUUAUACUGUUCCCCAAAACCAGCAGUUAACUGGUUAUUCCAAACCAAACACAGCUACAUCUUCCUCAUCAAGAUUUUUUUUUUUUUAAGCAUUUUUAUGCCUGCUGGUAUUUGUUGAAAGCUAUUUCAGAAGAAAAUUAUUAGUUUAUAUACUUUUUUUUUUUGAAGACCAUUUUAAUUGUUAAUUUUUAAUUAUUAAUUGUGUUUUAACUUGAUGUCAUAUUGUAAAUGUUUUACAUUUGUAUCUUCAUGUCAGUAUUGCAGUGAAUGUGAUGUAUAAUAGUAUGCAUGGAUAAUGUCUGUAUUUUGUGAGUAUGUUACACUUCAGAAGUUGUAUAUGUUCUGAUAUAUUUCCAUAUUUCUGUACAGUGUAUGUUCUGUAGUUGAUAGUAAACAUCACCUUCUGAAUACCUUGUGGAUAGUUGAUGAAUUAAAUGAAACAUUAUUGGUGACUGUUUACGUAUAGAGGUGUAUGUAUGUGUGUUUAUAUGUUCGUGUAUACAUAUAUAUAGGUGUGCAAAUGAAAGAAAAAUGUACUCCUUAUCAGUAGAAGAUUUUAAAAUUUAUUUGUAAGUGUGACUUCACUCUCUCACUACUCUGAGUUUCCCUGCUAUGAGUAUCACCUCAUAGCAGACAGAAUAGUGGCAGAAUGAAGCUUCAGUUUUAAUUAAAUGAAGAUAAAUAUACAUAUAUAAUCACAACCAAAGCUAAUUGCCCAAUCUAACAAACACAGCAGACCAAGCAGUCACAGUAAUGUGUUUGCUAUGCACUUGAUAGUACUAACAGGUCAUCAGAAGUUUGUCUUGAUACCAGCUUGUACUGCAUCCUAAGCAAUAAUAUCUGUUAUUUUUCCUUUAGGACUUCUCUUUACUUGAACCUAAUCUUAUAGGGUGAAAUACUAAUUUUCUGUUCUGUCUGCAGGAAUAAGACAAAAAUAUUGCAAAGGUGUUAACCAUUUUCUCCUAUGAGCAAUACUAUAGUGAAAGUAUGCCAAGCACUUUUUGAUUGGCGUAACUAUACAGUGAAUGCUAUAGUUAGAGGGGUAAAGUUCAGUGAAGAGCCACUUUAUUGCCUUUGAACAAGGCAUGUAUUUUGAGACAUGCUUAAUUAAUUCCUCUUCUAGAGCCAGUGAAGCAAGGGACACUUCAAAAUAACAGCUAUUAUUACCUUGUAGCAGUCUCACCACCUUUGGGCAAUGUGAAACAAUUUCCAGACUAAAAAUUACUAUUGGUUCAUACAAGACAGCAAGUUGGAUAAUGUCAUGCAUGUUUGUAUUAUAAGUGUGUGUGUAUGCAUAGAUAGACAGACAGGUAGACUUAUAUUCAUACAUAUAUAUAUAUAUAUGAAGUAUCACUUAUUUUGUGGAAUAAACUUUUAGGUGAUGUAAAUACAAUUCUAACUAAUUGUAUUUACAUACAAUUGAAUUUUUUUUUUUUUUCUUGUAAGUUAAAAACUAUUACAAUAUUUCAUUUAAAUAACAUAACAUCUAAAGACAAAAAACUAAGAAAAAUACAAAGAGAAAUAGCUAGAAAAAGUGUUUUGGGGUGGAUGCGAAUGUGAGAAAAGUGAGAGAGAGAGAGAGGGGGGGGGGCUUUUUAUGUCAGUUUUUGCUUGUUGAAUCUUUAAUCUAUACUGUUGUUCAUUUGUUAUUAAUAUUUCAUUUAGAAAAUGGCACCAUUACUUUACUGUUGAAUACCCACCUAUCCCCUAAUUGAAACCCAAAUCCUCCCACCAAUAAAGGCCUUUACAAUAAUUGUUAACUUAGCUUCUACACACACACACUCACAUAUAUAAGGCAUAUUUUCUAUCAUUCUAAUAUAGGCAUCUAUAAUUAAAAAUCUUUAUAAGAUCAAAUAGUCAACUGAAUAUGGAACUGAAGUAUUGACAACUCUGAGCUCAAGUUUACUAUAUACAUUUAGUUAUGUAUUUGAGCAAUAUAAUUGAUUCUACAUGCUUUAAUGUGUAGACUAACAUGUAUUUAAAAGACUACAUGAUAUUCACAUAGAAAUUAGCUAUGUAAGCUAAGCUAACUUGACAGUAACUGUAUGAUUGUAAGUCUACAGUUUGAUGUUAAACAAGAAGACAUACAGAUUGACAUCCAAAGGCAAAAUCUAAGGAAAGUAAAAUAAAUGUAAACGAUUCCUAGAGUACCAAGGGCCUCGUAACGGCUGAUGCCUUAAUGCCAGUUUCAUUAUGCAAAGCAGUUAAAUCUCCCUGGAUAAUAUUUCAGAAAACUUGGUGUGUAUUCUUGAAAGCUAGGUGGACAAGGACAUUUGAUUUUACAUGCCAAAGCAUGUGUGAUCAUACAGUCAUUGUCAAUUUAGCUUCCAUAGCUAAUUUUUCUAUGGCUACCAUGUAGCUUUUUAUGUAUUAUAAUUUCUUUAGACUAUAUAUACAUAUAGAUAUAUUGUACAGCCAUUAGCAUAUCAUAUUUAGGUCUACGUAAAAUAUUAUCGUUUGUUAUACCAUGUUUCGGUCUAUUUAUUAGACGACUCUUUAACCUUUUAAUGUUCAGAUUAUUCUGUCAAAUAUAAUGCUUAUUUAUUCACAUCAUGGAAUCAAUCAGGCAUUAUCUCAUAGCUUUGUUAUUUUGAUGAUGUGAUGAUCAGUUUGAACAUAAAACAUGUAGAAUUUUAGAGCCAGAUAUAGCCAGUUUAAAAGCCAAAGGGUUAAAUGAUGUGAAUAUGUCUAAAUGCUAUACAGUCUUUCAAAUAACAUAUUUAGAGACUAUAAUAUAAACUUUGCAUACUAUAUUUUGGUCUGUAUAUUCAGCCUUUCCAUACCAAGUUUACUUGCACAUCUAUAAAUGACCUCUUUGCACAACAUAUUUAGGUAUCUAUUGACAGAUAUUUCUUGAAAAUAUGUGUGUGUGUAUCAACAGGAAAACUAAGUGCCGUUCAGUUAAAAUAAACCCCAAAACAAUUUUCCAGUAUAUAUCAGCACACAAACAUGCUUUUUCUUUCUAGUAAUCAUUCAUAGACAUACACACACAUAUUCAUCUGUACAUUGUUGAUUGUAUUAAUGUAAUAUACAAACAUCUAAAUUAUGUAUACUUAUUUUAUCAGCCUAUUGGCUGGCAGGAUCUUGAAAAAGUAGUUGACCUUUUUUGUUUUCUUUUUUUGGCACUUUGUUUUGUGUUGUUUUUUUUAUACUCGAUCAUUUGUGUAUUAAUUCAACUGAUUUAUUAAUUCAAAAAUCCCUGCUUUGAUGAAAGAGAUUUGUUGUAAAGAGAAAAAAAAAUGUAUAAAUAUUUUAAAAUCAAACAAAAAUCAUUGAAUUGAUAAUUGUAGUUUGAAAUAAGCUGGGCUCUGAUUUUAAACUUUUACAAAACAAUAUCACCAAAAUACUCUAUUCUUACAUUGUUUUUUUUUCUCUUUUCAUAUUUUUUGUUUUUUAAAUAUAAAAUUUCUGGGUGAUGGCGUUAUCUAAAGCUAUAAAGCACUACACUGAAUGCUUUACAACAUCUAUUUUUAUUUUAUUCAUAUUUUGAACUGAAACCCCUAAGAAAAUUGACUGUGUCAUUCUUAACAUCCCUGUGGUUAAUGAAAUAAGUACCAGUAAGAUGUUUUUUACCCAGUUCAAUCAACCAUACCUCUCCCUUACAAAAAUUAGAACUCUGCCUAGUCACAAAAAAAAAAAAAGAAAAAUCCCUAGUAUAAAUGUCUUCUGAAAUGUUAGAUUAACUUUCAAAAAAUCAA